AUGAAGAUCAAGGCGCUCAGCCGCUCCGUUCAGGCCUACGCGCCGCCCGGCUCCAAUGUUCCCAAGCAGCCCCGAAACCUCGAUCCCGCCCUGCACCCCUUCGAGCGCGCGCGCGAGUACACCCGUGCCGUCACCGCCUCCAAGAUGGAGCGCAUGUUUGCCCAGCCCUUCAUCGCCCAGCUGGGCGACGGCCACGUCGACGGUGUCUACUCGCUGGCCAAGGACCCCAACUCCCUCGAGCGCUUUGCUUCCGGCUCUGGCGACGGUGUUGUCAAGGUCUGGGACCUGACCAGCCGCGACGAGAUCUGGCACACCACCAAGGCCCACGAGAACAUUGUCAAGGGCAUGACCUGGACGCAGGACCGCAAGCUGCUGACCUGCGCUGCUGACCGAUCCAUCAAGCUCUGGGCCCCCUACGACACCCCCUCCGAUGCGGCCCCCUUAAACACCUGGCUAGGUGCCACCGCCUACAACAGUCUGUCGCAUCACCGGUCAAAGAACUCUUUCGCCGCCUCCUCGGGUCUGAACAUCAGCAUUUUCGAUAUCGACCGGCAGGGCUCGGCGCCGGACGUGCUGGCCUGGCCCAACUCCGUCGACACCAUCAACCAAGUCGCCUUCAACCAGGUCGAGACCUCGGUUCUGGCCUCUUGUGCGUCGGACCGCAGCAUCGUUCUCUAUGAUCUGAGGACGAGCAUGCCCCUGGCCAAGACGGUCUUGAACUUUGCUACCAACGCUCUGAGCUGGAACCCUAUGGAGGCCUUCAACAUUGCCGCCGCCAGCGAAGACCACAACGUUUACAUCUUUGACAUGAGGAGGUUUGACAGAGCUCUGAACGUCCUGAAGGACCACGUCGCUGCCGUUAUGGAUGUCGAGUUUUCGCCUACUGGCCAAGAGCUGGUAACUGCGUCAUAUGACCGAACCGUCCGGUUGUGGAGCAGGGACAAGGGUCACUCCAGAGACAUCUACCACACGAAAAGAAUGCAGAGGGUCUUUAGUGCCAAAUGGACACCCGACUCCAAGUAUAUUCUAUCCGGUUCAGAUGACGGAAACAUCCGGCUGUGGAGAGCCAAUGCGUCGCAGCGGGAGGGCAUCAAAUCAGCUCGCCAGCGUCAGGCCAUUGAGUACAACGAGGCCCUGGCCGAGAGGUACUCUCACAUGCCCGAGAUCCGCAGGAUCAGGCGCCACAGGCACGUUCCCAAGGUGGUCAAGAAGGCCGGCGAGAUCAAGGGCGAAGAGCUCAAGGCCAUCAAGCGCCGCGAGGAGAACGAACGGAAGCACACCAAGAAGCAGUUCGAACAGAGGAGAAACGAGAGAGAGAAGGCGGUUCUGGCCCGGGAGAAGUAG